CUGAUUGACAACAGCCGUGUUAGUCGCCAAUAAGAUGUUUUAAAAACCCUCAUGAGACACAGGUAGCAUCUUUCUGUUGAAGGCUGAAACUAUGGCUGCUGUUGGAGCGUUGCUGGUUUUUGUGCUGACUGUCCGGAUUUUUAAAGUCUCCUGUUUGCCACUUGGUAGAACAGCUGAAUUAUAUGAAAACGAGACAUCCCUGUCCAACCAACAGGCUGGCGGCGACAACCCCACCAAUGAGACAGCCCUGUCUGACCAUCACGUUGGCAACAACAAUGAGACAGUCCUGUCUGACCACCACGUGGGUGACAACAAUGAGACAGUCCUUUCUGACCACCACGUUGGCGACAACAAUGAGACAGUCCUGUCUGACCACCACGUUGGUGACAACAAUGAGACAGCCCUGUUUGACCAACAGGCUGGCGGCGAAAACCCCACCAACAUGACAGCCCUGUCCAACCAACAUGCUGGUGGUGACAACCCCACCAACGAGACAGCCCUGUCUGACCACCACGUUGACGACAACAAUGAGACAGUCCUGUCUGACCACCACGUUGGUGACAACAAUGAGACUGCCCUGUCUGACCAACAGGCUGGCGGCGAAAACCCAACGAACAUGACAGCCCUGUCCAACCAACUUGCUGGUGGUGACAACCCCACCAAAGAGACAGCCCUGUUUGACCACCACGUUGACGACAACAAUGAGACAGUCCUGGCUGACCACUACAUUGGCAACAACAAUGAGACAGUCCUGUCUGACCACCACGUUGACGACAUCAAUGAGACAGUCCUGUCUGACCACCACGUUGACGACAUCAAUGAGACAGUCCUGUCUGACCACCACGUUGGCAACAACAAUGAGACAGUCCUGUCUGACCACCACGUUGGCAACAACAAUGAGACAGUCCUGUCUGACCACCACGUUGACGACAACAAUGAGACAGUCCUGGCUGACCACCACUUUGGCAACAACAAUGAGACAGUCCUGUCUGACCACCACGUUGGCAACAACAAUGAGACAGUCCUGUCUGACCGCCACGUUGGCAACAACAAUGAGACAGUCCUGUCUGACCACCACGUUGACGACAACAAUGAGACAGUCCUGGCUGACCGCCACUUUGGCAACAACAAUGAGACAGUCCUGUCUGACCACCACGUUGACGACAACAAUGAGACAGUCCUGGCUGACUGCCACGUUGGCAACAACAAUGAGACAGUCCUGUCUGACCGCCACGUUGGCAACAACAAUGAGACAGUCCUGGCUGACCACCACGUUGGCGACAACAAUGAGACAGUCCUGGCUGACCACCACGUUGGUGACAACAAUGAGACUGCCCUGUCUGACCAACAGGCUGGCGGCGAAAACCCCACCAACAUGACAGCCCUGUCCAACCAACUUGCUGGUGGUGACAACCCCACCAAAGAGACAGCCCUGUCUGACCACCACGUUGACGACAACAAUGAGACAGUCCUGUCUGACCACCACGUUGACGACAACAAUGAGACAGUCCUGUCUGACCACCACGUUGACGACAUCAAUGAGACAGUCCUGUCUGACCACCACGUUGACGACAUCAAUGAGACAGUCCUGUCUGACCACCACGUUGACGACAUCAAUGAGACAGUCCUGUCUGACCACCACGUUGGCAACAACAAUGAGACAGUCCUGUCUGACCACCACGUUGACGACAACAAUGAGACAGUCCUGGCUGACCACCACUUUGGCAACAACAAUGAGACAGUCCUGUCUGACCACCACGUUGGCAACAACAAUGAGACAGUCCUGUCUGACCACCACGUUGGCAACAACAAUGAUACAGUCCUGUCUGACCACCACGUUGACGACAACAAUGAGACAGUCCUGGCUGACCGCCACUUUGGCAACAACAAUGAGACAGUCCUGUCUGACCACCACGUUGACGACAACAAUGAGACAGUCCUGGCUGACUGCCACGUUGGCAACAACAAUGAGACAGUCCUGUCUGACCGCCACGUUGGCAACAACAAUGAGACAGUCCUGGCUGACCACCACGUUGGCGACAACAAUGAGACAGUCCUGGCUGACCACCACGUUGGUGACAACAAUGAGACUGCCCUGUCUGACCAACAGGCUGGCGGCGAAAACCCCACCAACAUGACAGCCCUGUCCAACCAACUUGCUGGUGGUGACAACCCCACCAAAGAGACAGCCCUGUCUGACCACCACGUUGACGACAACAAUGAGACAGUCCUGUCUGACCACCACGUUGACGACAACAAUGAGACAGUCCUGUCUGACCACCACGUUGACGACAUCAAUGAGACAGUCCUGUCUGACCACCACGUUGACGACAUCAAUGAGACAGUCCUGUCUGACCACCACGUUGACGACAUCAAUGAGACAGUCCUGUCUGACCACCACGUUGGCAACAACAAUGAGACAGUCCUGUCUGACCACCACGUUGACGACAACAAUGAGACAGUCCUGGCUGACCACCACUUUGGCAACAACAAUGAGACAGUCCUGUCUGACCACCACGUUGGCAACAACAAUGAGACAGUCCUGUCUGACCACCACGUUGGCAACAACAAUGAUACAGUCCUGUCUGACCACCACGUUGACGACAACAAUGAGACAGUCCUGGCUGACCGCCACUUUGGCAACAACAAUGAGACAGUCCUGGUUGACCACCACGUUGGCAACAACAAUGAAACAGUCCUGUCUGACCACCACGUUGGCGACAACAAUGAGACAGUCCUGGCUGACCACCUCGUUGGUGACAACAAUAAGACGGCCCUGUCUGACCAACCGGCUGGCGGGGAAAACCCCACCAACAUGACGGCCCUGUCCAACCAACAGGCUGGCGGCGACAAGAAUGAGAUGGCCCUGUCUGACCAACAGGCUGGCAGCAACAACCCCACCAACGGGACAGCCCUGUCCGACCACCACGUUGGCAACAACAACAAUGAGACAGCAAUGUCUGACCAACAGGCCGGCAGCAACAAGAAUGAGACGGCCCUGUUCGACCACCAGGCUGGCGGCGACAACUCCAACAACGAGACAUCCCUGUCCAACCAACAGGCUGACAGCAUCAAACCGACCAAUGAGAUGGCCCUGUCUGACCAACAGGCUGGCGGCAGCAACCCCAACAACGAGACAGCCCUGUCUGACCAACAGGCUGGCAGCGACAACCCCACCAACGAGAUGGCCUUGUCUGACCACCACGUUGGCGGUAACAAGAAUGAGACGGCCCUAGCUGACCAACAGGCCGGCGGUGACAAGAAUGAGACGGCCCUGUUCGACCAUCAGGCUGGCGGCUACAACUCCACCAACGAGACAUCCCUGUCCAACCAACAGGCUGGCAGCGUCAACCCCACCAACGAAACGGCCUUGUCUGACCAUCAGGCUGGCGGUGACAACCUCAACAACGUCACGGCCCUGUCUGACUACCAUGUUGGUGACAACAAUGAGAUGGCCCUGUCUCAUUGUUGGCAUGAGUCGGCAUAUUAUGGGUUAAAUGUUGGUAAAUGUGUGAUUUAGCAACACUGCCACUUGGUAGAAGAGCUGAAUUAUAUGAAAACGAGAUGGCCCUGUCCGACCACCAGGCUGGUGGCAACAACAACACCACUUCCAGUGAUUGGACUGAGCAAAGGUUGUUUGAAAAGCAACACAGGAGACUGAAGGUGCAAAUCAGAAUCUCCUACAGUAAUUGGUUGCAGAAAUGGAGGCGACCAGUAGAGGGCGGUGUUGGAUAGGGAGAAGAGAGAGAGACGAAAAAAAGUGGAGAGCGCGGCUGGUCGUGAAGCCACGUAGUGAAGUGGUAACAAUAACAAAGCUGUUAAUUGUUGAAGAGUUUGAAGAAACAAGAGAAGUUUAUUUGUGUACCUGAGCAGUGUGUGUAUGUUAAUAAGUUAGGAGUGUGAGUGAAGUGUGUCUGAGCCAAGUUGAAGUCCACGAGGAGUUGUUGACGCCAGGAGGACGCUAUCGCUAAGCUAAGCUGUUGGAGUUUUCUGGAUGGGAAUAUCGCCUUCGUUGUUUUUCUGUUGUCAUCAUUUGGACAACUCGCUGUUGGGACCGAGACUGAAAGCUGUAAGUUAAACUCUAUAUUUACUGUUGGAGUUAAGUCGAAAGAAGAGU